AUGUGCCAGAGCGGUUGGGAGUUGGCUUCGAGAACAUUCUUUCCUGCGAUCCUCAACAUGCACAAUAUCUCUCUCAUGCUGUUCUUCUUCCUCGUCCUCUUCGCUCCCCAGUGCGCCGAUGGGAGUGAAGGGGAGAAGAAAACGUAUUACCCCGACUACAACGUGUACCACUCCGUGGAAACAUACUUGAGAGACGUGGCGUUGCUUCCUAACAAGUAUCCAACUUGCAUCAAGAUAAUCAAGGAAGGGAGAACACAAAGAACGAAGAGUACGCCGCCUGACCUGCAUGCGAUUGGCAACGAUGACGAUGAUGAUGAUGAUGAACAUGACGAUUGUGAUGACGAUGACGAUUGUGAUGACGAUUGUGAUGACGAUGACGAUGACGAUGACGAUGACGAUGACAAUUGCAUUGAUAGUGAAGAUGAUAACGACGAGGAGGCGGAGGAGGAAGAGGAUCUUGGUCGUGAGGAUUAUAGUAGAUAUGGCAGAGUGAUGAUUAUCGUCUUUGUGACUGUGAUGAACAUGAUGGAGAUAAAGAGGAUCGAAGUGAUGACGAAGAUGAAAGCAAUGUGCACCAGGAGGCAUCGGGUGCUCAUCACGUUCGGCGAGCAUGCGAGAGAGUUCCUCCCUGUUGAGAGCUUCUUCAAGCUCGUCAACGAGUUUUGCAGUGGGUUGUCAGAAAAGAAGGAGGAGAUUUCGAAAAUUCUUGGGGAAGUAGAAGUUUAUCUCAUAGGAAUGGUCAAUCCUGACGGCAGAAACUACCUGGAGACGAAGAAGGAUUGGUGCUGGCGGGGAAUGUCGAACGGAGUUGACGUGAAUCGGAAUUUUGAUUGGGAAUGGGGCGGAAAGGGGAGUAGCGCCGACCCGAAGAACGAGGAAUUUCGAGGAGUCCAACCAUUCAGCGAGCCAGAGUCCAGGUUUGUGAGGGAUGCUGCUGAAGAGUUUAAGAUUCAAUCUUAUCUCUCCAUGCAUACUGGCGCUCAGUUUGUGUUCGUCCCAUACAGCGAUACGAAGUCCAAGCUUUCAAAACGAACUCACUCGAACACUCGGGACGAGCUCUCGCUUGCGGUGAAAAUCUGGGCGUCUACGAGAGGUUUCUUCAGCGGCCUUGGGAUCGUUUACGACAUGAACGACUACACCGCCGAUGGGACCAUUGCGGACUACAUGGCAGGGAAACGAGGAGUAGAGUACUCGAUGACCUUCGAGCUCUACGGGAAACCUGGAGAUUUGGCAAACUGUUUCGAGCAGUUCAAUCCUGACAACACACAACUAGACAACGUUCUAGACCAGUUUCACAGUAUGUAUCCGGCCAUCUUCAACCACCUUGCAAGGGAGGAGGCGCGCCGAGCUCAGCUGGGGUCUAGCUCGGGGGGAGGGUACGCGGUGUACGAGGAUGUGGACUCGGAAGGGGGGGACUUGUACAAGGUUGACCUGACCAGCGACAAGAAGAUGCGGGUUGAGCUCAUGAAGGAGAUGUGCGAUGCUCUCUCUGAGUGUGAGGGAUUCAACUCAGCUGGAUGGUUGAAAAAGAACGUGAAGGACGAGGCUCAUAGGGCUGCAAGCUCGGGCUCGCAAUUGUACAUCAAAAGAUCACAGCCUGUGGUGCCUGCAGUCUCGUCUGCCCCUGUCGCCUCUGCUGCUUCCAAACCAGUUGUUGCCCAUCAGCCUCCUGCCCCUGCUGCUGUUCCUAGGAGGAUUCCCACCAGGAACGAAGUGAUCCGGGAGUUGGAGGAAAGCUCAGCACAGAUCCAGCAGCUGCGAGAGACCCUCUUGCGCGUAAGGAAAGCCAUGGCGAGCCUCAGGUCCAAGUGA